UUAAACCACAAAACCCCUCAAUCUAUCCAAUACAACUUUUCCAAACAACAAUGGCGGAAAUUGAGAACAAACCCCAAAACUCAAUCUCUCAGCAAUGGCGGAAAAAUCCAGAGUUGGAAGGCAAAGUAGUGAUGGUUACUGGAGCAUCAUCAGGUCUCGGGAGAGAAUUCUGCCUUGAUCUCGCCAAAUCUGGUUGCAAAAUCAUUGCCGCUGCUCGCCGCAUUGAUCGCCUCCAAUCUCUUUGCGAUCAUAUCAAUUCUCUCUCCUCUUCUUCAUCUUCUUCUUCUUCCUCCGUGAGUGAUGGUGGUAACGGUGGUGGUGUGAGAGCGGUGGCGGUUGAGCUUGAUGUUACUGCCGACGGAAAGUCGAUUGAUGCGUCGGUUCAUAAGGCUUGGGAGGCUUUUGGUUGUAUUAAUGCUCUUAUUAACAACGCCGGCAUUCGCGGUAAUGUGAAAACUUCAUUAGAUGUGUCUGAGGAAGAAUGGGAUAACACCUUCAAAACUAAUUUGACGGGAGCCUGGUUAGUUUCGAAGUCCGUAUGUAUUCGCAUGCGUGAUGCAAAGAUAGGAGGGUCAAUUAUCAAUAUAUCUUCAAUUGCCGGUCUCAACAGAGGCCAUUUACCUGGCUCCGCCGCCUACUCUGCAUCAAAGACAGGCCUAAAUACAUUGACCAAGAUGAUGGCCCUGGAAUUGGGUAUGUAUAAGAUUCGAAUUAACUCAAUAUCACCUGGACUAUUCAAAUCAGAGAUCACUGAGAAUCUUAUGGAAAAGGACUGGCUUAACAAGGUUUCCAUGAAAACCGUUCCUCUGCAGACAUUUGGCACAUCUGAUCCAGCCUUAACAUCUCUUGUCCGAUACUUGAUCUAUGACUCCUCAGAGUACGUAACAGGCAAUAUGUUCAUCGUAGAUGCUGGUGCCACUCUACCUGGUGUCCCUAUUUUUUCUUCCCUCUAGUACCCCAGAGGCGUUAGCUCUCAAAGAAGGUGUUUACUGUUUAGGAUGCAAGCCGGCUUUCUUAAUAUCAACAAGCUGGUCAUCGAAGGAGAAAACAGCGUGUCGAUAAAUUUAUCAAGCAUACAUGGAAUCCCUUGGAAGAUUGUUAAUAUCAUCAUGAUCAAUGCAAUGCUGACCUUACUAAGAUGGAUUGCCACAAAUUCAUCCGUUGUUUUCAAGGUGGUGGCAAAAUAGAUUACUCGCGUUUCAUGGCAUCAUUGUCCCUCCUCAUUUGGUCAAGUGGUUCAAUCACUCGAGUGUGGCUAGCCUAGUUUUCUCUCGUGACAAAUGGAGAAGAUAAUUUUGAUCACCAUUGUAUUUUCUUGUAUUGUACUCGUAUGUUGUUUCACCAUGACACCAUGACACCAUGGAAUUAGAAUGGGAGAUUUUAGGGGUACUUGUAUAUGUUACUAGGGCAUGUUUGUACAGAGUAUUUCGCAGGUCAUGUUUUGUGUUGCACCCAACGUUUAUAACUAUUGAGAAAUUAAUUUGUCCCAGUGUUUGGUAUUA